AAAGAAAUGUUGCAACAUCAUCAGCACCAGGCACAAUCUACCGUCUACUAUGACUACAAUCAAACGCCCAGCCCCAGCAGCCUGACCAAUGCGGAUGCGCUAAACACAACCCCAUUCUCGGUCAAGGAUAUACUGAAUAUGGUCAAUCAAACGGAGGCAUACGAUGGCGCCUAUGGCCAUCUAGAGAGCGCCUCCGCGCUCUAUGGCGCCGCUGAGUACCAACAGCAGCAGCAGCAGCAGCAGCAGCAGCAGCAGCAGCAACAUCAACAGUUACAGCAUCCACUCGAGCAGGCCAGCCAGGCGCAGCUCGCACAGCUUCAACUCCAGCAGCAGCACCAGCAGCAGCAUCAUCUGCAGUCACAUCUUCUCGAGCCAGAGCAGGAUCCGUUGGCAGCAUCCGCGCUGUCGCCGCUGUUGCCGCCGCCGGCGUCGUCGCAUGGACACCAUCAGCUCUACGCCAGCUAUCACCAGGACUAUGGCAUGCCCAGUCACAUGCUGCAGCAUGCCCACCCACAUCCACAUCCUCAUCCACAUACACAUCCGCAUCCGCAUCCCCAUCAGAGCUAUCAGCCACCCUACAAUGUGAGCGCCUCUCAGUUCUAUGCCACGCCCACUGCAGGGGGCUACCAGAGCAACUACAACUACAAUUACAAUGCGUCGGAUGUGUACGCCAGUCCCUCGGCAAUUAUUGCGCCCAACACGGCCAUCAAAAGCGAGUAUAUACCCACGCCCUAUGUCACGCCCUCGCCCACACUCGAUCUGAACAGCUCGACGGAGGUGGAGUCUCUGGCCCCCACCCACAAGCUGGCCAAUGGCAACGGCCUAGCACAGCGACUGCUCGACCCGCGGCACAUGAACGCCACAACGGAGUGCGCAAAGAAAAAGGACAGCCAGGUGACAUCCUCCCGCUCCGAGUUGCGCAAGAACAACAAUAAUAAUAACAACAUCAACAACAACAAUAACAACAGCACCAGCAACAGCAAUAACAACAACAACAAUAGCACAAAUGCCUCUGGGAAGCCCCGCAUGAAACGCAAACCGCGUGUCCUCUUCUCCCAGGCGCAAGUCCUGGAGCUGGAGUGCCGCUUCCGCUUGAAGAAAUACCUAACUGGAGCCGAGCGAGAGAUAAUCGCGCAGAAGCUGAAUCUAUCCGCGACACAGGUGAAAAUCUGGUUCCAGAAUCGACGCUACAAAUCGAAACGCGGCGACAUCGACGGCGAAUGCUUCGCCAAGCAGCUGAAGCUCAAGCCAGAGUCCUCACAGUCGCAGACGCAGUCGCAGUCGACGUCGCUGCCACUGCCGCCGCCACCGCUGGCCAGCCACAUGAUGUGGCCACCUACCGGCCAGCAGCUGCAGCUGCAAUAGCAGCCCUAUCAAUAGAGAAAAUUCUAACUUAUUGCAACCUAUGCAGAUCUUACGUUUUAGCCAAUGGAAAUGCCU